AGAGGGACGAGAUUGUAGCCCGUGGGCAGCAUGGUGCACCGUGCAAAUAGCAGGGCCAUGCCAUACUUGACACCUCGCAAAGAUUUUCGUUGUCGAUGUGCGCGCCGAGCAUUGGGUGUAGGCUGCAGUAUGAUGCUAGGAUGACGGCACGACCAAAAGCUUCGAAGAGGGUGAGGAUGAUAGGGAUUGGCCAUGCACAAGUAUCCAUUCAUUUUAUAAGUAAUUAUUCAUCGAUGUAACAGCGGUGUGGGUAUGAUGAACAUAACAGCUGGCGUUGAAGGAUGCGACAUUGCUUGCGUGAAUCAGUGGUUGCAGCGUGCUUGUUGGUCAGCGAACCCGUGUUUGUGCGGUUCGCCAGGAAAUACGAUCAGCUCCCAUCAAGCUGAUGCUAGCAAUUCGCACGUCGGCGAGGUUACGGUGACCUCGAACCUCACAAAGACACAAGCCAUGACGAACACGACGACAUUUUAUGUUACUGACCCUAAUCUCACACGCAGGUCUCCAAAACACCUGACCAAAAAUACCAAUGGAAUCUCUCACCCAUUUGCAUCAGUGACCCAAGGUCAACCGUCUCGCCUCUUAUUCCGUUACUCAUCUCUGUCUUUUGAGUUCAUCAAGACCAGCGGAGCUGGAAACAUUGUCAACAAUAGAUGUUUUGCACAUAAAUACAUUGGAGGUACCAGAAGACGCGUUACCGAGUGGCUGCUUGCUGUCACUGGGCAUAGUGCCGGAGCUGGACGUCUACAGCGUUGACCUUUGGCCAUUAUUGCUGCGAGACGAAGCUACUA